AUGUCCUCCCAGAUCGUAGUCAUAGGCGCCGGCGUCACCGGCCUGAGCUGCGCCAUUCAGCUGCAAGAAGCCGGCCACGCAGCGGCAGGAGCGAGUGAAGUCACCAUUAUCGCCAGGGACUUCCCCACGCCAUCCGCCCUCGUCGAUCCCAAGGCCCAGAUCAACUUCACCAGCCCCUGGGGCGGCGCACACAACCGAUGGGUGCCGCCCCCUGUCGACGGGCAGGCCCAGCCCAACGACCUGCGGGAUCACCGCCUCGCCCUAGCCACUUUCCGCCGCAUGAGGUCACUGCAGGGGUCGAACCCCGAGGCAGGUAUCACCUUCAUGAAGGGAGUCGAGUAUCUGGAGAACCCUGCGCCUGAGUAUCGAGCGCUGACCCGCGAGCAUGGCGAGGGAAGUGCAAAGGCUCUGGAACUCGAGGGCUUCCGCGUCCUGGAGAGGAGCGAGCUGCCGGAUGACAAGAUCAGCCUGGGGAUCGAGUACGACACGUGGUGUGUCAACCCUAUGGUGUACUGCAGCUUCUUGCUGAACAGGUUCGUCUUCCGCGGUGGCCGGAUCCUCCGGAGGGAAAUCAGCCGGCCCGAAGAGGUCUAUGAGAUGCGUGAUCUAGGCGGACCCGUUAAGGCGGUAGUAAACGCCUCAGGCAUGGGAUUCAAUGACCCGAAGUCGUAUAUCAUCAGGGGACAAACAUGUCUCGUUGCCAACCUUUGCCACGAGACAGUAACCAGGCAAAAUGCAGACGGCAGCUGGACAUUCUGUGUACCACGGAACUUCGAAGGCGGGACCAUAAUAGGUGGCACCAAGGAGCCGAACAGUUGGGACACAGAGCCGUCAUUGGAGGUCAGGGAAAGGCUGGUGCGGGCUUUCGUGGCCACGCACCCCAAGAUUGCGGACGAGUCUGGCUCCGUGCGAGUCCUGAAAGAUGUCGUAGGGCGACGGCCAGCCCGUCAGGGCGGGGCAAGGCUGGAGAGUGAGGAGGUUGCCCCUGGAAAGAUAGUUGUGCAUGCGUAUGGCCUUGGCGGCAGAGGAUAUGAAUUGUCCUGGGGUGUCGCGGAGACAGUUCAGAAGCUGCUCGAUGAAGCCAGCCCUGCCAAGGCCCGAAUAUGA